GCACAGAACAAACCCAUUCCGUUCUUUCUCUCUCCAUCUCCUUCUCCCUCUCCCUCUAUCAACUCAACCUCCAAACUUUGCCCGAAAGAGAGAAAAAAGCCUUUUUCCCAUUCCUUAUUGUUUGUGUAGUUAACAGAUUGUUUGCUUUCCGGAAAACUUAUUCUGCAACUCAACUGUUACUUUCCCCGGAAAAUUUACAGAACCUCAGCGAAUAUCAUUCCGCUACCUUACCCGACUAUUGUCUCAUGAUCCCUGUUUGCUUGCUUUAACUGGUGUGUAUAAUUAUCUUCCAAUUCAUUCCCUCUUUGCAUUAAUUUUAGUUUAUUAUUUUUAGGCUUUCUUUGUAACUUAUCUCUACUGUUCUUGAGAUCUGAAAUUAUCUAGUCGGUAUUGUUCAAGAGAAACCAUGGGGGCGAAUUUUUUAUCGUUGAAUGCAUUAGAUUUUAGUCUCUAGCUAAAUAAUCUUUCGUUCCCCCUCGUUAUUUUCGGGGGUUUAGUACUAAGAUUCGAUUUGGGUAUCAAAAUUUUGAGUCUUUUUGAUUAGUGGGUAACUUUCAUUCUGGGGUUUAGAAAUGAAGAUUGAGAUAGGCAUGGGAGGUGGGGUAUGGAACGACGAAGAUAGGGCCAUGGUUGCAGCUGUUUUGGGCACAAAGGCUUUCAAUUAUUUGGUAACAAACACAGUCUCAAAUGAGAAUCUUUUAAUGGCUAUAGGCAGCGACGAGAAUUUACAAAACAAGCUCUCGGAUCUCGUGGACAUCCCCAACGCUUCAAAUUUUAGCUGGAACUAUGCGAUAUUUUGGCAGAUUUCCUACUCCAAAUCCGGUGAUUGGGUCCUGGGUUGGGGAGACGGCUCCUGCCGGGAGCCCAAAGAAGGGGAAGAAUCUGAAGCCACUAGAAUUCUCAAGUUACGCUUUGAAGAUGAGACCCAACAAAGGAUGAGAAAGAGAGUUCUUCAAAAGCUGCAUACAUUGUCUGGUGAAUCAGAUGAGGAUAAUUAUGCUUUGGGAUUGGACAGGGUUACUGAUACUGAGAUGUUCUUUUUAGCAUCCAUGUAUUUUUCGUUUCCUAGCGGAGAAGGUGGUCCAGGCAAAUGUUUUGCAUCUGGUAAGCACUUGUGGAUCACUAAUGCUUUGAAGUCAGGGUCUGAUUAUUGUGUGAGGUCUUUUCUUGCAAAGUCUGCAGGGAUUCAGACCAUUGUGUUGGUGGCUACUGAUGUAGGAGUUGUUGAAUUGGGGUCUGUGAGAUCCAUUCCUGAGACUAUUGAGAUGGUUCAGUCAAUAAGGUUAACCUUUUCCACUCAUAAUUCUGUUAUCAGGUCAAAACCAUUGGUGCCAGCAGCUGCACCGGUUUUGCCAGUGGUUAAUGAGAAGAAAGAUGAAAAUUCCCUGUUUUCCAAUGUGGGAAUAGUGGAGAGAGUUGAAGGAAUGCCCAAGAUUUUUGGGCAGGAUUUGAACAACUCGAGUCAUGGCCACGGACAUGGUUUUAGAGAGAAACUAGCUGUUAGGAAGAUGGAGGAGAGGCCAUCAUGGGAUGUUUAUCAAAAUGGGAAUAGGCUUGCAUUUCCAGGCACUCGUAAUGGCCAUCACGGUUCAAGUUGGCCACAUAGUCUUGGUUUGAAACAAGGGAGUCCUUCGCAAACCACAGCAAAUAAUCUACAUGAACUUGUUAAUGGGGUAAGAGAAGAGUUUAGGCUGAAUCACUAUCAGCCACAGAAGCAGGUGCAAAUGCAAAUUGAUUUUUCAGGACCUUCCGUGAUAGGGCGGCCAGUUAGUGUAGAAUCAGAGCACUCAGAUGUUGAAGCUUCGUGUAAAGAAGAGCAGCCUAGCACGGUUGAUGAUAGGAGGCCUCGAAAACGAGGCAGGAAGCCAGCAAAUGGAAGAGAAGAGCCCCUCAAUCAUGUCGAGGCUGAGAGGCAGCGACGGGAGAAGCUAAACCAGCGAUUCUAUGCUUUACGAGCUGUUGUGCCGAAUAUUUCCAAGAUGGACAAGGCUUCCUUGUUGGGGGAUGCUAUUUCUUAUAUCAAUGAGCUUCAAGCGAAGCUAAAGUUAAUGGAAGCAGAGAGGGAAAAAUUUGGGAGCAGCUCAAGAGAUGCGUCAACUUUGGAGGCUAAUUCAAACAUGAAAAAUCAUAGCCAAGCUCCGGAAGUCGACAUUCAAGCAUCGCAUGAUGAGGUUAUUGUGAGGAUAAGCUGCCCUCUGGAUUCCCAUCCGGCAUCAAGAGUGAUCCAAGCAUUGAAAGACGCACAGAUCAAUGUAGUUGACUCGAAACUUGCUGCAGCAAAUGACACAGUUUUUCAUACAUUUGUGAUCAAGUCUCAAGGAUCUGAGCAAAUUACAAAGGAAAAGCUUAUGGCAGCAUUUUCGCACGAGUCCAAUUCAUUACAGCAAUUAUCACCGAUUGGGUAGCACAACAAUCUGUCAGUUAACGAUCAUUAGUCCAUAGGUGUAUUGGUAGUGAAGAACUCUUUUGAAAGCUUCUUCAGAGUUUUUUGAUACAUGGGAAGGCAUCAUCCAUGAGGCCAACUAGAAGUAGAAAAUAACUACCUAUUAACCAAGUAGGGUAGCGGAAUUUCUGUGAUUGUUUAUAGUAUACAUUCUGUCAUAAGGGAAGUAUUCAUGCAAUGCAAUGCAAGAUCAAUUAAAUUUGUAAGUUUUAACCAACGCUAUCCCAUUGUUGGUUGUGAAGAACUGAUAUAUUUGUUUUGUCCUUAAUGUUUAUCUGUGUAAUUCUUUUGUUCUUUGCUAAAUUAUUAUGGCUUCACCUAUAAUUUUUAUUUA